ACUCGAACGGCGGUGGAUUCAGAUACACCCCGGCUAAAUUCCAACAACAGUCGGUCAGCAGAUGUCCUUUUAUUUUUAGUUUACAACUGAUUAAAAUGCAAUUGCAAACAUGCACUAUUAUUGCAGGUUUAUUUGUUUCAUUUGUUGGCAUCCUUCUGCUCGUCGUUAAUACUGAAGACUUCAAAGAACCAGCGCAGCUCAUGUAUGGAAUAGUUCUGGAUGCCGGAUCCUCUCAUACGUCAGUGUUCAUCUACAAAUGGCCAGCAGAUAAGCAAAACGGCACUGGCAUUGUCAGUCAGCACAGCGAGUGCCAUGUGAAGGGAGGUGGGAUCUCCAGUUAUGCUGGAAUCAAAGGAGCAGCAGCACGUAGCCUUGAGGAAUGCAUGGAUAAAGCCACUAAAAGCAUCCCGAAAUCUAGACAGAGAAUCACCCCUGUGUAUCUGGGGGCCACUGCAGGCAUGAGGCUACUGAAUAUUUCCAAACCCAAAGAGUCAGCUGAGGUCUUGAAAGAAGUUGGAGAAAAACUGAAGAGCUACCCGUUCAGCUUUAAAGGAGCUUCCAUCUUAACUGGACAAGAUGAGGGAGCUUAUGGAUGGAUCACAGUCAACUACCUGCUGGAGAAUUUUAUUAAGUAUGGUUUUGUGGGUCGAUGGAUUUCCCCAGGCAGAGAUACAGUUGGUGCACUGGACUUUGGUGGAGCAUCUACUCAGAUCACCUUUGUGACGAAACAGACCGUGGAGAACAUGGACAAGCUGAUGAAACUGCGGCUGUAUGGGCGAGACUACCAGAUCUACACUCACAGUUUUCUGUGUUAUGGACAAGAUCAGGCUUUACUCCGACUGCUGGCACAUCUGAUCAGGACUCAGGGUUCAGACACAUCUAUAGUCCACCCCUGUUAUCCUGCAGAUUACAACAGCUCUAUAAAGCUGAGCAGUGUGUUUGAUACUCCUUGCGUUAAAAGACAAACUCCUUAUAAACCUGAUGACGAGCUGCAAAUAAAAGGCACCGGAAACUACAAUCAGUGUCUUGGAAAUGUUUCUCAACUCUUCUCUUUUAGCAACUGCUCUUAUUCCAGAUGCUCUUUUGAUGGAGUCUUUCAGCCCAACAUUACUGGAAACUUCAUGGCAUUUUCUGCAUUUUAUUACAUUCAUCAAUUCAUGCAAAAAGCUGCAGGCUUCUUCAUCACAUCCCCAGCAGAUUUAGAGCACGCUGCCCAGUUUGUCUGCAACAUGAGCUUUCAGCAGAUGCAGAACAAGUUUCCCACUGAGGGGAAUCAUUUGAGAGACUACUGUGCUGAAUCUGUGCUUACGCGGGUGCUCCUGAUUAAUGGAUAUGGUUUCAGUGAUCUCUCCUUUUCACACAUCUCCUUUCAGGAAAAAGUUGAAGACACUUCUGUCGGCUGGUCUCUUGGCUACAUGCUAAGCUUAAGUAACUUGCUGGAUGCUGAAAAUGUGAAAGUGAGAAAAGCACUGCGUCCAGAUGCGUGGCGUGCCGCUGUUCUCCUUUUCUCUGUCCUUGUUAUUGCAUCUUUAUUUUUUUUGUUGCGAACCUACCAAAAGAAUGGCACUAAAUUAUGUUGUUACAUUUGAUCACUGUCACACUGAAGAGUGUGAGAGAAAAGAGAGUUUGACUGUGCUAAUGAAAUUAUAAGCAUUAUAUGUAGAGGUGAAAACAUUUGUAUUGACAAAACAUUAAUAUAAUUUAUGCGUGUUUGUUUUAACACUGUUCAAAAUAUUAAAUGCACUUAACAUUUACAAGUAUGUAAAUAUGUAAAGACAUGAAGUCAUAAAUAAAUGAUCAACACACUAGUCGUAGAUGGUGUGCUUAGCUAUUUAAUGAACUUUGGGAAGUGUGGAAAUUUGUUACAAAGAAUUGUUUCUUUUUAUAGCCACCCACUGUUGUGUAAACAUCUUAGUUUCUGAUCCUUGAUCAGCUUAGAAGAUUUAUUGUUUUGUAUUGGUCCAAAUGUAAGAGAGAUUUAAUGAAAAUUUUGCAGUUCAUGAUCUGCUUGAAUUAACAAAAACCUUUGUUUUUUGGUAAAAGGUAACAUGUAUUUGGUUGUAUUUAAUGUUUUAUCUUGUAAUAUAUACCUAAAAAUGUUUAUAUACCUACUGUUUAUAUAGGCUACUGUUCAGUUCUCCCUAUAUUUAUCUAUGAAAUUAUGGUGUUGUGUUCAUUGAACUUACAAAUGAGAGGCACAAUAUGUAAAAAUGAUUUAAAAAGUCUUGCUUUUGAUUUCCAUUUGAUGUAUUGCAUUUAAACUUUGUAUAAUAUGAUACCUCCA